AGAAAGCAGUAUAAUGGGGCCGGAGAAAGAAAGAGACGUUCGCUGCCUGAAAGCCUUUUAAAGGCGCCCUCAGCGUUUCUAAUUGGCCACACAGGGUGUUGUCGGGAAGAUAAACGCCGAACCAGCCACCUCCCCCGACAAGCUCGGGCAUGCCGUUUCCUGAAACCAAGAUCUGACUGCACACUUAAGACAGAAUUCUUUUCUGGUUGGUUCUAAUGUUUUAUAUCAAAGCCUCAAGGUUUAAUCUCUUCAAAUGCCUGGCCUAUUAAGAGGCUUUCAAACGGUGCUCCUAUGUGGUAUUGACCUGUAUAUCUCCAAAAUGUACCAGUUGAUGCUCAUCUUCGGAGCUGUUUUUACAUAAGUGCUUCCGGCUCUCGGGGCACACAGACUUAUGACUUUAUCAAAUAACUUAGGUUUGGUUCUCUUGGAGUCUCUGCUUUCAGAGUGAACCCCACCCCUCGCUUCUCGAUAUAAUAAAAGAAUGAACCGCAAAGACCCUAGAAGUCUCUAGUCAACCAAAAAAGUUGCCAAAAAAAAAAAGAAAAGAAAAAAAAAGAAACUUUCACAGUAGUCAACUCGGGCACUUGAGAGGGGGAGGAGAGAGGAUCAAGUUCAAUGCCGGCUUGGACUACAAGGUGGGUUCAGCCAUCCUGGUCUGUCUGAGACAGAACAAAACCCUAAAGAAAACGGAAGAAACCUUUGGUAGAAGAGAAAGUGACACUGAGAUGCAAGCCUCCCCCUGGCACCAGCCAAGUCGAUCUUUGUCCAGUCGACAAUCCUGCACGUUGCUUGCCCGGUUCUACGAGCUGGCGCCUGCCGACUUCUCAGCCUUGCCACUUUAAUCCCACUCACCUCAGCACCUCUGGCCACUUCCCUUCCGGGGAACCCUGCACUAUUCUAUGGGGCUGGGAAAAUGCUUUUCCUGGAAGGUCGGAUUCUUUAAAUUGCUCAACCCAGCUUGCCCAGGAAACGCCUUCCCUAAUCCUGGAAUGGGCAUUUGUUCUGGAAGCUCGUAUUUACAUUUUAAGUGUAUCUGGUGAGUGGGCUGGAGCCCUCGUCCCGGCCGGGGAGAGAAGAAGCCGUCGACCCGUCUUUUCAAUCGCUCCCCCUCCCUUUUCUCAUCACUCCAACCAGCCCGCGACCAUGCCCAGGAAGAAGGGGGCGGCCUGGGAGGAGCCGAGUUCAGGCAACGGCACGGCGCGCGCGGGGCCUCGGAGGCGCGGCGGCCCCGCGGGCAGGAAGCGCGAGCGGCCCGAGCGCUGCAGCAGUAGCAGCGGCGGCGGCAGCAGCGGCGACGAGGACGGCCCGGAGCUGGACGGGGCCCCCGGCGGCGGCAAGCGCGCGGCCAGGCCGGCGGCGGCGGGCAAAGCGGGCGGCGCGGCCGCGGUUAUCACUGAGCCCGAGCACACGAAGGAGCGCGUCAAACUCGAAGGGUCUAAAUGCAAAGGGCAGCUUUUGAUUUUUGGGGCAACAAACUGGGACUUGAUUGGACGGAAGGAAGUGCCUAAGCAGCAAGCUGCGUAUCGCAACCUUGGUCAGAAUUUGUGGGGGCCCCAUAGGUAUGGGUGCCUGUCGGGAGUCCGGGUGCGGACCGUGGUUUCGGGUUCAUGUGCUGCCCACAGCCUCCUCAUCACCACAGAAGGGAAGCUGUGGAGCUGGGGUCGGAAUGAAAAGGGGCAGCUGGGCCACGGUGAUACCAAGAGGGUUGAAGCCCCUAGACUCAUUGAGGCACUCAGUCACGAGGCAAUCGUGCUGGCCGCAUGUGGGCGCAACCACACCCUGGCGCUGACAGACACUGGCUCCGUGUUUGCCUUUGGAGAGAAUAAGAUGGGACAACUGGGCCUUGGGAACCAGACAGAUGCUGUCCCGAGCCCUGCUCAGAUCAUGUACAAUGGGCAGCCAAUUACCAAGAUGGCCUGCGGGGCUGAAUUCAGCAUGCUGAUGGACUGUAAAGGCAACCUCUAUUCCUUUGGGUGCCCUGAAUAUGGCCAGCUGGGACACAACUCAGAUGGGAAAUUCAUCGCCCGGGCACAGCGGAUAGAGUAUGACUGUGAGCUGGUACCCCGGCGGGUGGCCAUCUUCAUUGAGAAGACCAAGGACGGGCAGAUCUUGCCUGUCCCAAAUGUGGUAGUUCGAGAUGUAGCCUGUGGUGCUAACCACACACUGGUCCUGGACUCACAGAAGCGAGUCUUCUCCUGGGGUUUUGGUGGCUACGGCCGACUGGGCCAUGCAGAGCAGAAGGAUGAGAUGGUGCCUCGCCUGGUGAAGCUGUUUGACUUUCCAGGGCGUGGUGCGACCCAGAUCUACGCUGGCUAUACUUGCUCCUUUGCCGUCAGUGAAGUGGGUGGCCUGUUUUUCUGGGGGGCCACCAAUACAUCCCGUGAGUCUACUAUGUACCCGAAAGCAGUGCAGGACCUCUGUGGCUGGCGGAUCCGGAGCCUCGCGUGUGGGAAGAGCAGCAUCAUUGUGGCGGCCGAUGAGAGCACCAUCAGUUGGGGUCCGUCGCCAACCUUCGGGGAACUGGGAUAUGGGGACCACAAGCCCAAAUCUUCCACUGCAGCUCAGGAGGUGAAGACCCUGGAUGGCAUCUUCUCAGAACAGGUGGCCAUGGGCUAUUCACACUCCUUGGUGAUAGCACGAGACGAGAGCGAGGCUGAGAAAGAGAAGCUCAAGCGGCUGCCCGAGUACACCCCACGUACCCUCUGAGGCAGGGUGGCACUCCCCUCGUGGCAGCUGUCAUUUACACGUGCACUGGGACCAGAAGUCAGACAAGGAAUUUAGGAAGCAAAAGUUGACCGACGAUGCAUUGGGUCAGCCUCUCUGCGGUUCCGUUUCCAAACAGUUCAACGUUAACUACCUUUUUCUGUAUGCUUUCCAAAGUGUUUUCCCUCAAUGUUUGAUUAAAACAUCUGCUCAUAGCCAGCUUGCCGUUCUACGAGACAGGCAGGAACUCAGAGCAAUUUAGGCUUUAUAUAUAAGUUGUAUUUCUUUUUUCCCCUCCUGAGUAUCCUUGUCCAGCCCUACCAUUCCAGCCAUAAUUAGCAUUGUGAUCCGAGUGGGUGCCACGUGGGAGAGGAAUCGCCACUUUCCCAGAUAGAAACGGCCCUUCCAGGAACCAGCAGCCUCUAGGCCAAGAAAUCCCCAGUGCUCGGUCUCCACCCAGCUCCCGCCUGCCUGCUUUGGGAGACCUGGUCACUAGCUUGUGGGCCCUCCUGCCCCUCACCUCCACCCAAUAGCUGUUUGCUGGCUUGCUGUCUGCAAGGCCCACUGCCUUUUGGCUGAAGCAUUUGUAGAACCAGCCAUUUCCCCCCUGGUGGGGGAACUGGGGUCUCUGUGUUUAGCCAUUUAUAUCUACUUUAGCUCUCAAGUCCAAAUGAGAAUUGGGGACCAUGGGAUAUGGGGGUGGGCAAGGUAGGGACCCUUUGUGUUGUUGAAGGGCCUGGCUUAUGGCUCCCUGUGGAGCCCAGACUGUGCUUCCCAGUUAGAGAUCAGCCAGCAGUCAAGUGUGUGUUCAGUCCUCUGUGACCUGUCGGCUCCUGCUGUCCCCUCUGCCUGGGAUGGCACCUUGUUUUGAGACUUAGCCAUUCUUCUGCUGGCCCCAGUGCUCUUUGGCGCUUGCAUUUGCUUGGCUCUGGUACCAAAUAGUUGGGAUUUCUGAUGAAAUCCCCUGCCCCGCGUGUCAGCGCAGAUGCUGUGACUGCCACCCACAUCCCCACAAGUGCCCUCUUCCCGAGCCCGUCCUGGUAUUGACUUUGCGGCUGAGUUCCAAGGUGCCUUUCCUGGAUCCCGAGUGUGGUGGCAGCUCGGGCUGGGGCCCCUGGUUCCCAGAGGGUCUGGGUUGUGUCGGCUGCUUUAACUAGGUUUAGUUCCGUGGUGCUCUGGGGGAGUCGGGGAGAACUGAAGUGUGAGGCUGGGUGGAUGAGAAAGUUAAUUCUGGUCUUCAAAUUUAUGGUUUCGCUUCUGGUGUUGUGACGCUUGUUACUGUCUCUAUGUUAAAAUGCCAAAAAUGAUCUAGUCGCUGCUUCCUUCCCGCCCCAGUACUCCACAGCAGCUUCUGGCUUUGCAAGGUGUGUUUGUCUCGGCCAGUGCCAUGGCCUGGCGGGAACGGAUCCGAGUUCCCACUGUCUCCCAUCGCGUGUCCAGCUAUAGUCAGUCCAGGGACAAGCUUCUUCAGUGGCAGUGCUCCCGCAAAACUAACCUGCUUUGUCCUGGUCACCCCAGACGCCACCCCUCGCCUCCACGUGCCGCCCGAGCCUUCCCUGCUCUCUCUCUGGCUAGUGUUGCUCAGUGUCUGCUCCUUUGUCCUGGAGUUGUGUGGUCACCAAGAGGGCUGCGGAUGCAAUAGCCCUGAGUUGAGCUGAGCUGGGCUCAUCUUCCAGGGAGCAAACCAUAGCCAGCAGUCAACUCCUGGGUAGUGCAGGGGUGGGGGCUGAGCAGAAAGUCCCUUCUGGGGAGAGAUCCUUGAGUCCAGCCGCAACCCCUUCCUUUAGGCUAAAAUGUCCACCUGAGCUUUUCCACUGGGAAACACCUUUAGAACAGGGACAGUGAGAAGUCCUGGGCAGGAGCCAUUCUGGCCGCCCGUGGACUCCUGAAGUCUUCCAGUCACCGAUGAGAGGGUAGCAGGAAGGGAACAAGCGAGGAUGGUGUGAUUUGGUUGAAGGUGCCUGGUUUAGUGCUGUUAAUUGUCUUAUUUUUUUUUAUAUAUAUAUUUCUUGGAGUAAACAUUUUAAAUAAAUGGCAUCAUUGUU